UGUUGCGCAUGCUCCAACUCCCUUUAACUGUUAACGACAGAAAUCUGUCAGCUCAGCGGAGCUAAGGUCCGUCUAAUAUCCUCAAAUAUUUCCGAAUACCGCCUUGUUUUGGUCAGCGCUGGGGAGCCGACUCUUACUCAAGGUGUUUUUAGAUCCGGCUUGCAACUUUUCAACGCGUCUUGAUUGAAAAAAGCAGAAGAAUGACGAGCAGUUCUAAACGGAAAGAGGAAAGUCAUCUGCUGAAUGGGGCUGUGAAGCAAUCCACAUGGAGCAAAGCCUUCUGCGGUAAUGCCGUUUGGGAAGAGAAGGAUGAGUUUUUGGAUGUGAUUUACUGGCUUCGACAAAUUAUUGCAAUUAUCCUUGGUGUGAUAUGGGGCAUUGCACCGUUGAAAGGAUUUCUAGGAAUAGCCAUUUUCUGCGUCAUCAAUGCAGGUCUCCUCUACGUAUACUUCAGCAGCUUUCAGCAGAUUGACGAAGAAGAGUAUGGAGGCACGUGGGAACUCACCAAAGAAGGCUUCAUGACAUCUUUUGCCCUUUUCCUGGUGGUGUGGAUAAUCUUUUACACAGCUCUACAUUUUGAUUGAGAGGAAUGCACGAAGAAAUAAAUAUGAACAUUUUUGUUGAAGUAAGUUGACAAGACUGAAGAACUUCAUGUUUGGGAGGUGUCGGUGCUCUACGCGAAGACGUCUUUGUGUGCACAGCAUUAUGGGAAUGCAAGUUUGCUCAACAAGAUCCGGCAAGAUGAACACGUUCAGAAGCUGUACAUCUCUUUCAUUUGAGGCUUCCGGUUUUUUUUUUUAAAGGACAUCUUUCCUUAUGCUUUCCAAAUUUUUUCUUUUUCUUUUUUUCUUUUUUUGCCGUUUAAAAAAUAACAAUAACAAACACUAAAGUUGCAGAAAGUAAAAAUGUUUUAGGCUGUUUGGUUUUAGCACAAUACAUUGUAGAUGUGAAACGGAGCUCAAUCAAUCUACUUUCUUCAAAUUCAAAUAACUGACGUGAAUCCAGCCUUUAUACUGCAGAGAUGACAAGUUACGGCUACCAAUCUGCUUAUCGGUGACUCGGUGAGGUCUCAAGCAAACAGAGACAUUUCAACAUGAGUGUGUGGAAACCUUCAUUUUUUUUAUAAUACAUUUCAGAUGAACAAAGCCACACUACAUUAAUUAAUUCUGUUUCUUUAGUUUUUUAAUACCUGCUCUGAAAUUUUACAACUAAAUUAUUUGUGAGAAAUGAGGAGUCACGCUUAACAGUUAUAGGGUCUCUCUGGAGCUUAUGUAGUUUGUCUUAACAAGAGGUGGAAUUGUUAUUUAAUGAGAUUUUGUUUCUUCCAGAAAUGGGAACCGUUAUUUGGUUUUGCUUGUCGAAUGUUUGAGUCUAACAAAAGGGGAACGUUGCAUCCAAAAACAGCUGAUAAAUAUCUUCUAAUAUUAACGCAGAUGCUGUUUGGAAAGAGACUCCCGUAUGCUCAAAUUCAGUUUUGAACUACAAAGAGGAGUAAAGGAUUUUAUGUUCAAAUGCAAACUUGUUUUUAAGCUGAACCUGAUCUGUGCACUGCCAUGAUUUGCUGUUGGUUUUUGUCUGCCAUUAUUCAUACACUUGAGGUAAAAAAAAAAAAAAAAGAUAAAAGAAAUGCAUAAAUUCUAAUUUUUUCUUUAAUAGUCAGGGGUCUCCAAUCCUAGUCUUCAAGAGGCACUGCAUUUCAGGUUAUAGAUGCAUCCCGCUCCAACACACCUGAAUCAAAUGAAUGACUCGUUACCAGGCCUCCUGACGGUAAUCUGAAUAGUCAUUGUAAUCAUUUGAUGAAGAUGUGGUGGAUUAGGAAUCCAUCUAGAAGUUGCAGGGCAGUAGGUCUGGAUUGGAGACCACUCAUUUAGAUGAAUCAUGUUUGAAAAUUAAUUUAAACUUUGUAUAGUCUGUCUUUUUUUGUUGUCAAAUCCCAUCUUGUAUUACACAGAUUUAUUUGUAUUUGUUAUAUCUCUUUUGAUGUAACAUUUCUCAGUAUUUUAUAGGGAAGAACAUUUGAGAGCAGUUCUUGCUAAGAUGUUAUGAUACUGUUAUUCAAUAUGCAGCUGGUGUUUGAAAGGAUUGUAUUUUCUGAUCAAAUCUUUUGGGAAUCAUUAAACAUGGGCUUUAUUUGGCCUCCAUUUUCAAAGA